GGUGAAGGUUUGAAUUUUGACCUGGUAGACCAGCGUAAACUCGCUGCACCAUGAAAGAUUCCGCUCUGUUUCACUGAUAAUCCGCGCUGCACUUGACUCCGGACCGACACACACUCGACAUCGCCGGAGGAAACAUGUCGCGUUUUGUCGCUCGCCUCCUCUUUGCGGUUUCUCAGCAACAUGCGGCAGUCAGAUCUGCGGUGACACCGCGGAGAAUCCCUGUGUUCAUCCGCUGUUUCUCCACAUCUCCAGGCCUCAAGUCUCUCACACGUUACAACAAGACUACAGACUGGCAAAAGAAACUGACACCAGAGCAGUAUUUUGUCACAAGAGAGAAAGGAACGGAAGAGCCAUUUAGUGGAAUCUACUUGAACCAUUUUGAAAUGGGAAUGUACCACUGUGUUUGCUGUGAUGUUCCACUCUUCAGUUCAGAGGCUAAGUAUGACUCUGGGACAGGCUGGCCAGCAUUCAAAGAGGCUCAUGGGACAUGGGAGCGAGACGAGAGCCAUGCCUCCAUUGUCCGUCGCCCUGACAGCAGCCUGGGCAGUGCUGGGACAGAGAUCCUCUGUAAAAAUUGUGAUGCCCACCUUGGCCAUGCGUUUGAAGACGGACCAGACCCGACGGGACAACGGUUCUGUAUAAACAGCGCAGCCCUCAAAUUCAAGCCCAGAGAAAAUGGUGUAGCUGACACAGAAGAGCAGAAGUGAUGGACUUGCUUCAGUUUUGAUUGUAGCAUUUACAAGUGGGCUACUUUCUUCACCAGAAUUGAAUCACUUGAUAAAGUAAAAAAAAAAAAAAAAAAAAAAAAACAUGCACUAUGAACCCUUUGAGUCAUUAUAAGUGUGUUUUUACUAAUGUCUGUUGAGUGCAUGAAGUUUAUUUUAAACUGUAAUCUGAAGUACUUAUUUUUUGUCAUUUAUGUACUUAUUAAAAUAUUAUUGCCAUAAAAAUGUAUCUCAGUUA